AUGGUGGUUGCAACAAUCAAGUGUGUGGUUGUUGGUGAUGGUGCCGUUGGCAAGACUUGCUUGCUCAUCAGCUACACAACCAACAAGUUUCCCUCGGAAUAUGUACCCACGGUUUUCGACAACUAUGCAGUCACGGUCAUGAUAGGAGAUGAGCCUUACACUCUUGGAUUAUUCGAUACCGCCGGUCAAGAAGAUUAUGAUCGUCUACGACCUCUAUCGUAUCCCCAAACCGACGUCUUCUUAGUGUGCUUUAGCGUCACGUCGCCCGCCUCCUUCGAGAACGUUCGAGAGAAGUGGUUCCCCGAGGUUCAUCACCACUGCCCUGGCGUACCUUGCCUCAUCGUUGGCACCCAGACAGAUUUGAGAGACGACCCCAGCGUCCGGGAGAAGCUUGCCAAGCAGAAGAUGCAGCCAGUGCGCAAGGAAGAUGGAGAACGAAUGGCCAAGGAACUCGGUGCGGUCAAAUACGUAGAGUGUAGCGCUCUCACUCAGUAUAAGCUAAAGGAUGUAUUCGACGAGGCCAUCGUCGCAGCACUAGAGCCUCCGGCGCCGAAGAAGAAGCCUCACAAGUGCUUAAUUCUAUAA